AUUUUUAUUUAAUUUAGAUGUUUUUCUUUAUGUUUUGUUUCAAAAGUUUUGUUUUUUACUUCGGUUAUAUCCGAACCAAACCGAUAUAACCUGAAUCCGUACGAUAUAUGAUUACUUUAUAGGUUUUAGGACGCAAUACACUUUUGAGCCGAACCCGAAGUGUUAUUAUCCGAACCCAACCCGUACUAAUAAAAUUUUAGUAUAGGACCUAGGAUCGUAAACCCGAAAAUCCGAAAACCCGAAAAAACCCGAUCCGAACGCCAACGGAUACCCGAACGCCCAUGCCUAACCAACGGGAUCAGAUUCGCUUUGGUAAUAUUGGCCAUGUUGAUUCAGUAUCCUUACAAAAUCAAGUUUCAAUUUUAUCGACGUCAAAAAUAAACAAAGUCAGCUGUUUUAUGGAGUUUGAUUUCAACUUUUGACGAAAACUAUUAAUCAAUAUCUUAAAUACAUUAUCUACGAAAAAAUAGUAAAUAAUAAUCAAGGAGACAUUUGAACAUGUAAAAAACUUUGUUAAAUUGAAACCACCUAGACUAGCCACUUACAAAAUGUUCUGGUAGACUUUAAAGAAUCAAAUCCUACCAGUACAAUUUCAUAGUCAUAGACAAAUUCUGGGAACAAAAGAAUGAGCACUACCAGCAGUCUCAAACAGAUUGAAUGAUCAAAAAAUUUAUAAACUUCUUCAGAUUUGCGUAUUAACUAGAGAUCUAAAGUCUCCUCACACAUACAUUCAGCCGUCGUUCAUUCAUUAUCGAUGGUGUGAAUUUUCGGUUGCUUACUUAGUCAAUAGUCAUAUAUACUUGUUUACUCUCUAUAUUAUUUUAUCGCUAGACUUCUUGACCAACUUUGCUCCAGUUUUUUGUUCUUGGCCUAUAUAAGCAUCACCUACAAUGGUUUCAAACUGCAAUCAGAAAUCAUUUUCGUAAGUUUCUAAUCAUUUUUUAGCAGAACGUUUUCAAUGGCAACCGAGCGAUCAAGCUCAGUCAUCCUCCUCUCUGUUCUUGUACUUGCUUUGGUCCUGUCUCCAAUCCUUCCAUGUCAGGCAGCUCGAGCGCAUCUAGAUGUUGAAGGGCGUAUGCUGCUCCUGCUGAGAGCACAACGAGUACCACCGCCGCCACCAAUUCGCUUCUGUCCUGCUUGUGCGUGUUGUGCACCGGCUCCACCAGGUGCUUGCUGCCCAUGUCGAUGCACUAAUGAUCCGUAAAAGUUUUUGGUUUCAUCUAAUAGCUUUCGAUGUGUUUGAUAUCUAUAUAUUUAUAUUUACAUGUGAAUAAGCCAUCAAAAUAUUAGGCUGUGUUUGGAAUAUGUACCUUUUGUUUAUCAUAUGAUAUAUCCUCUGAUUGGGAAACA